AAGGCCCCGGUCGGCCCCACGAUGGGCCUGAGACGUGGUCCCUGCUGUUGACAUGGAUGCCGUCCUACGGGCGAGCCAGCCGUUCCUGGGUCCCCGCAAUGUCGAGGCGGCCGUCGACGUCGACGGAGCAUUAACACCAUGUCGCUACGCAUCCCCUUCCCGACCGCCGUCGACCCGAGGGUGCACCGGGAAGAGGAGUUGACGCUGGCCCGGAAAGCUUCCUACCAAAGAAGUGCAAGGUCCGCCGUGCCGGAAACGCCAGAUGACGCAGCCAUGGGCAGUGUGCCUGCCCCUCCUCCUCCUCCGAACACGAACCGGCGUCGUAUCGUCCUCCCGGAUCCCGUGGCCUUCAGGUUCCUCGAGGAAGAUCCUUCGGUGAGCGUCGUCGAGCGCAGACAUGUCCUCCCGGGCUACGAGCUCUACCUUGUCGAGCAGUGGGCGUGCUCUCGCCAAUCGCCCACCCUCGUCAUUGCCGCCUACACUGGCGACCCGAGACAUUCCGUCGUCGUCGGCGUGCUGGAGGUGCCCGCUGACGAGAGGGAAUGGUCGCCGAGACUGAGGGUCUACUACAAGGCCAUCCACCAGUAUCACGCACGGCCCAAGGAGACGGAAGUCGGCGAGCUCAUGGUCACCAAUCUCAGCAGCUUCCCCUCGGCGCUGACCGUCAUCCCCGUCCCCGAGGGCGACAUACGAAAACACCGCCGAGAGUUCAUCGUCAACGAAAACCUCAAGCGACUAGGCUGCGCGGGCCGCUCCGGCCUUACGCUCGCAGAGCCCACCUCGGCCACCCAGGCAAAGUUCAUGCAAAUGUACAAAACGAGCGACAGGAUACCCUUUUACCAGGCCGUUAUCGAGCUCGUGAAGCUGUGCCAGGUCGCCCUCUUUCUGUUCGGCAUGCUCGACCAAGAGUACAUCGACGGCCUGCUCUGCGACAUCACCGAAACGGCUAUCAACGACUGGUGGACCGCGAUUGGCUCUGAGCACUUCAACAUUGAACCGACAGACGGCAUCCUGGGACCGACUACGGUUGCUGCCCUUCUCGGCACGCUCUUGGGAGCGAGGAACCGGCUCAGCUACUGGGGUGCUCCCGUGUCCAAGGACGCCUUCGACGUCGAGAGCAUGAAGAAGGGCAUCGGCAGCUUCCAGAAAUCCAUGAGGAUGGAGAGGACCCGCCGCCUGGACCGGCAGACGCUGCUCAAGCUGCACAGCGUGACGGCCAAGGCGGCCGCAGGAGACGGCGGUUGGGGCGUGCAGAAGGCCGUCAAGUCCACCGUGGCCGAAAUCGGCGGCAAGCGUGGCGAGCUGGUGAUAGGCAUGGUGGGCGGUCGUGACAAGGCCAACAUUGGAGACGUCGAGACACUGGACCUGAACAAGGUCAUCAGCCUGGUAUCCGGCGAGCGCCCAAAAUGGCUAUGGCACGGGAAGCCAAGAAGGACCCUCCAAGGCGACGAGCAAGACCACGCGCCGUCGGCGUUCGGCAGAGAAUUGAGAGACGAGAAAGGCCUGCAGGGAGGGGGCAGAAGGACGCACUCGGCGCCAAUGGAGGAGGAGGGGGGAGAGCUCAGGAGGAACGAAGACUCGUCCGCAAGCUUCUCGCCCCUGCAGGCCACGCACUCGCUGCCGGUCGCGGCAGAGACUGCCGGUGGCGAUCGAGACGCCUUACGGAGGACCGUCUUCAAGAGCGUCGCGGGGAAGGUGAACGAUGCUCGCUCGGGGCUAGGCCGCAUCAGAGAUGCGGUGGGGGGCGGUCUGAGAGGGCACGUCAGCCGGCCCUCCAAGGACGAUACCCCGGACACGGCCGCGAGCGGGUACUCGAGCCCGAGCAUUGCGACGCUGGCCCAGUCCUCGGCUGCCGUGACGAGCCCGGUGGCCGUAGGCAAGGCUUUUUCUUGGAAAGUCCGGCCGGAAGACUACCUUCCUAUCCUCAAAGACAAGGAGGGAGGGGGCCCGGCGUCUGCAGGACCGCCUUUGGGUGCGAACGAAUCGGGCGGCCGGUUGGCUGCGGCAAAUGGUGACCAGCCUUUCGCGGAGCCCUACCGUACACUCGACGACAAGGAGCGGUUGGAGCUCGCGCUUGUCGGUAUAGGGAAGGAGGUCCGCAGCACAAACGCCUCCGCAGCGGGCUCUGUUGUUGCCGAUGGUGACCUGGAAGGGCCGGUCCUGGCCAUCGAACGCAACUCUGACGGGCUGCUGCUGUCGCUGCAGCGGCGGCACAGCAUCGACUGUCUCGCUUCCCUCCGCCCGCAUCCCCACGAGGCCCGUUACCCGCAUCGGCUGUCCUUCAGCGCGGCCGAGGACGCGGUCCUCUCCUGGGAGGACCUCGUCAGCCUAACAACCGAUCCCAAGCCGGAUUCUAACGAUCUGGCAAGCCUACGCUCACAAGCCGAGCUGUCCUUCAACCUGUACGCCCGCCUCCAGCAAAUACAAGCCGGCCUCGCCCCGUGGACGUCGAGCAAGUUGGCAUCCGUAACAGCCCUCGACCACAGUCUCGAGGAGCAGCAGACGGAACUGCAAGCCUUGCACGACGCGGUAAACGAGGCGUACGAGCGUGCGCGGCACACCAGCAACGAGCUGGUGGUGGAUGAGCGGGCGCGGCUGGCCGAGACGGUCAAGGACAUCGACAUGUUAGCGGCCAAGCUCGAAUACGAGAUUGGGGCGCUCGUAUCGCGGGUCAACGAGGUCGAGGACGGGGUCGCCCAGUUUGAGGCGCAGGUCGAGGACGUCGAACGCCGCGCCGAGGAGCUGAAGGAAGUACUCGAGACGGAGAGCUGGUUGCACUGGCUCGUGAGAACCAUCACGGGCAUCGGGACGGGGCCUAACAUCACGAGCGGCGUUCCUCCGAGGAUGGAGGGCACGCGGUGAGGACGGCAAGUUGUGGUAAAUUUAGAUUUUUGUCUAUUGGAUACUCCAAGGGAUCAGAACGGCGGUUGGUGUUGGGCGUUGUAAAUACAAACAUAGGGGAUUUGCAUCUGUCGGGUGUCGGGCUUGUUACUGCUUGGAAGAAGGCAUCGCAUCGGGUGUUUGGAGAUUCCCGGGGCAGAGGCGGGUAGAGCCAAACGUGCCAGCAGAGAAGAAAUACCAUAUUACCAUGCCGGCCCCCCCUGGUGGUCACGCCGGAGCUCUCUAAUUGCUCAUGUGUGCGUCGGUUCUUUCUAUUGUACAUGCCAUAGCUCUGGAACCAAUGGCCGCCCGGCCAUCGUCAUCGGUUUUCUCUCUCGGCGUAUCUACGUAACUGCCGACCUAGAACCGUAUGUGAAAAACAAAAAUGCCCAAGGACAACAGGACAUAGCACGUUUCAUGCCCGUCCCGUUCCA